GGCUGGAGUUGGGAGUAGAGACAUGAAUAAGAUCUUGCCCCAGGAGGACAUCAAUGGCAAUAUCGCUGCUGGAACUAAGACCCUCCCUGGAGGGGAAGGCUGCAGCCUCCUCUGCUGCUCUCGACAAGGGGCCUGCCUCUCAGCCUUCCUGCUGCUCCUGCUGGCGACUCUCGCAGCCCUGGUCGCCGUGGUAGCUAUCCUGGGACCCCCACCACGCAGACCAGGGGCCCAGACCUGUGUGACGCCAAUGAACAAGACAGGCUUUCUGUGCCACGACCGGAGGAGCUGUAUCCCGGCCAGCGGGGUCUGUGACGGUGUCCGUACCUGUGCCCUCGGCGAGGACGAAGACGAGGCUGUGUGCCGAGAUGUGCCCCAGAGCCUCCCCAACUUCCUCGUGAUCCACUGUGGAGACCCAGAUUCCUGGAUCUACUCAGACCAGAAGUGUGAUGGGAUCAACAACUGUGGGGACUGCUCAGAUGAACUGAGCCCAGUGACAGUGUGUCCACCCUGCGGCCCUGGAUGGUGGCACUGUCCCUCCACCAUCUUUGAGUACUGCAGCUGCAUCCCAAGGAGCCUCUGCAGGGACCAGGUGCAGCACUGCUCCGACUGGUCGGAUGAGUACUCCUGUCCUGGACCCUGAGCGCACCACCCUGGCUGUAGCAGUACCAGCAGCCCCUCAAGCGAGCUUCUCAUCAGAGAGGAGAGCGAGGAAUCAGAGAUCACCUCACAGAAGCCGCACACUGUGCUCUACAAUUAGAAAUUGCUUUUCCCACUCUGAGUUAUUCAGCUUCUGUUUGAAUGCCUCCAUGGGUGGGUGGGGAACUCACUAUGAUGUUAGAUGGCCCCGUAACAAAGAGGAGAGGGGAACUGGCUUCUGUGAAUUGAGGUUUGUCUACUUUGGGGCCACAGCUUGGAAAUAGGCUCCUCUGCUCAGCUCCACAGACCCUGAACUUGUCACAUUUGAGUUCAGAGCUUAGACACCAAGCUAAGGAGCUUAGUACUUCUUUAUAGAUGGCCCAUGUGUGGGACUCAGUCCUUGGCACCAGUGGAUGGGAUUCGGGGACUUGGAUGGAACCUUAGCAUUUUUCUCGACUCAGGACUCCCAGUCUACUGGUCAACCCCACUGAUAGGAAACGGCACCUCAGCUGGGUUGUCAUCCUGACACUGGGACCUCGCUCCAGAAGGCUCUGAACUGCAGCACAGAAAAGAGAAAGAACAUUCUGAAAUGCUCUUGGAUCCCUUCUGUCUGUCACUCACUCGCCACCCCCGCCCCCCACUCUCUGUCCUCCACCUUGUGACCAGCCAGACAGCCCAGGGGGAGGUCAUUAAAAUGUUUGUAUACUUUCAUCCCGGAUUCUGGGUGAAUUAGCAGUGUUUCUGCACACUUUCCUGGUUUCACAACACCAUGACAGGUGAGGGUGAAAAUCCCAGUCAAGCAGAUAAAGAAACUGAGGCCUAGGGGGAGAAUCAACAUGCCUUUGAUCACACAGCAAAUUCUGUCCUGGAACAAGGGCUCAAACACAGGGUACAGUGAGCCAACCCAGAAACCUUGUCUGCAGCCAGUGUGAUUACACACUGAUGUGUGUGUGUGUGUGUGUGUGUGUGUGUGUGUGUGUGUGUGUGUAACUCUAAGUGAGGUAUUUUUUAAACUUUUUUAAAAUAUUUAUUUAUUUAUUCCCUUUCGUUGCCCUUUUUUUUUUUGCCCUUGUUUUAUUGUUGUAGUUAUUGAUGUUGUCGUUGUUGGAUAGGACAGAGAGAAAUGGAGAGAGGAGGGGGAAGAGAGAGAGGGGUAGAGAAAGACAGACACCUGCAGACCUGCUUCACCGCCUGUGAAGCGACUCCCCUGCAGGUGGAGAGCCGGGGGCUUGAACCGGGAUCCUUACGCCGGUCCUUGUGCUUUGCACCACUUCUGCUUACCCCACUGUGCUACAGCCCGACUCCGGAUGAGGUAAUUUUUUAAAUAAUUUUAUUAGGGGGUGACGGAUUACAGUACAGUUGUUAGCACAAGGGUAUGAUUUCUCAUCUCCCUGUGAUAGGUGUCUGCAAAACAUUCUCACUGCCAGCUUGGGCCUUUUUCCACCAUCACACACUGGACCCCUGAGCCCUCUUCACCCUUUCUCUCCCCCUGCUUCCCCAGAGUCUUUCUUUUUGGUGCAGAAA